AUGCCGGAGGAGCCUUCAGCUAAACCUGAAAAGAAGGCCAAGAGUGGACAUGGGACGCGAGAAACGAAGCCCGAUAUCCCGAAGGCUGCCAGCGGAGACGACACUGACGCAGAUUCGGCGUCCGUGGAUAAGGCUGAGGAGGGUGAGAUCUUGGAUGAAGACGCGCAAUUGGAGUGGGACGAGAAGAUGAUAUUCCAAGAGCACAAGGAAAUCCAUCUAGCGGAUGCUGUUGCUGGGCCGCUUCCAUCUGAAUACACUGAGGAUAUCCUGAUACCGCCUGCUUGGGACGCCGAGUAUUUGGUUUCGAAGUUCGUAAAUCCCGAUAAUCGGGGCGCCUACUGCAGCCCAGCAUGGGGUACGCCGCUCUGGGAUAAGUAUAAGGAUACUGCUCCUUUCAAGAUCGCAACCCUUAGCGAUGACGGCACAGUGGAUUCUGCUCCUCUACAGAGGCUCCUUGCGACUCGUCGCAGUAGCAUGAAUCCCGGGCCCAGGCGGGAACCUCAACAGCCGAGCAAAGAGCCCCUGGAUGAGCACGGUGCCCUCGACACUGGCGGGAAUUUUACAGUCGGGGACGCCAGCAUCAACGGAUCUACCCCGACGCCUAGCGAAUCACCUGAAAGACGCUUUUCCAGUACCCAGAAGGACCGCCGUCCGAUUAUCGAUAGCUACCGACCAAACUACGGCAAAGCAAGCGGGCCUAGCACAGAGCGAAGGCGGAACGGGCAAAGCAGGUCGCCUUCUGCUGCCCGUCGGAACUCCUCUGAUGACCAGACCCAGAGAUUCCAAAAAGGUCUUGAUGAGCGUGGCCGUGACCAUCGUGAAAGUUCGGUUGAAUCGGAUCUCAACUCACUCGAAAAUGAACUACUUGGUAUUUCUCCCAAGUCUUCUAGUGAUGAAGAGAAGGAACGGGAGGAAGAAAUGGGGAAGAAGAAAGAGGACGACAAGAAGCGACCCGAUGAAGACGCAAUUCCCAAGAUUAAGCGCCGUCGUGUCAAGGUCGAUUCAGCAUUCAGCCGACGAUGGUGA